AUGUGGAGCAGAUUGACUGGUAGCUCUGCUGCCUCCAACAGCAAUAAGGAAGAAGAAAGUCGCCGCCGCCGUACUAGCGACUCCACGCGUUCCAAGCGCGACCGAGACCCAGACGCCCGCUCAGUCGUGUCGUCGUCAACAGCCCGCAAACCUCCGAGCUCCAGACGCGACACUGCGCCGUCAUCAUCGUCGAUUGCCUCCUUCACGACUGCCUUCGACGAGAUGCCGCGCUCACGGGCCACAACAAACAACCCCAACAGCGAUCCCUACGACGACGACAAGCGUCGCGACGAUCGCCGCAGCAGCUAUGCCGAGUCGACCAGCUCCACACUGCGCGACGACAAGGACCGGAAGAAGGGUAAGGAAAAGAAGCUUGAGAAGCGCCGUUCGACGCGUUCAGUGCGAUCGGGAAGUUUGUCGCAAAGUGGCGCUGGCUACAGGGGCGACAUUGUCGACAGCCCCAAGCAAGCACAGCGCAGCUUCAGCGGCCAGAUUGGCAGCGACGGCUUCUCGCAGUUCCCAGGACAGACAGGAGCGCCCAUGAUGUCGGGCGCUCUGCCAGUGGGAAGCCACCACCCACCACCGCACCCCGAAGACAUGGACAAUCACGUGCAAAGCCAGUUCCCUGGACAGAACCCGGCGCAGUACACCUCGAGUGCGCUGCCUGGCGGCCAUCCCUUUGGAGCGGCUGCCGAGUUCUACAACGACCAGGGCCAGUCUGUGCACCAGCAGCCAGGCGUGAGGCCUCAGCCGCCUUCGGUCAUAAUAGGACAGGAUACCCCCCAUCUCAUGUCUGCCUCUGCGCAGCCCAACCCGGUUGCCGACACCGGAUCAGGCGCUGCCGCAGACUUCUACGGGCCCAGCACGAGUGUCCCUUCGCCCAAACCCCCAAGGCCAUCGAGCUCAUCUAUGCCCGGUGCCUUCGUCGACGACGCCCCAACGCCUGCGAAGCCACCACGGCCUGCAUCUUCGUCGAGGCCCGACAAGCCAAGCACGUUCGGUCCAGCUGCUACUGUGGCUGGCGGAGCUGCCCUUGGAUACGCCAUGGGCCACAGCUCGUCUAAUCAUGAACACUCUACGAGCUACAGCUCAGCGAAUGUUCGUCCUUCUACAUCCUACUCUUCUUACACUAAUAAUACCACCCCGCCUGCCCCGGCUUCCGCGUCCACGUACAACAUGUACGGCUCGGCUCCUAAUACUUCUAAUACCGCUGCCAACGACAGCAGCUACCUCCCACCCUAUGCUGCAGCCGCCGCCUACGGUGCGGAAGGCGCGCCUCCCCCAAAGCCACCUCGGCCGGCCAAACCAGAGAAGCACUCGUCUGGCAGUAUCGCUGGGUUGUACGCUGCUGGCGCUGCAGGAUUGGCGGCUUAUGGCUUGAAUCAACAUAAUUCACAUUCACAUUCUCACAACCACAACCACACCCAUACCAACACACACUCGCACAGCACCUCUCACCACUACACCUCGACACACGGACCCAAUGGGCAUCAGCACAAUGGUGCUCCACAUAGUUCGUACAGCUCUGGCGGCAUGGCUCAACAGCAUCAGCACACUGGGCCCGUUUCCAAGUUUGUCGACUGGUGGAAGGAUUACGAAGACGUGCAGAAGAUGGAGGAAUACACCGAGUACAUUGGAGUCUGCAAAGGCUGCUUUGAUCCUCGCUCAUCCGUCUUGGACGCUCCACGCAAGCACCACUAUUAUAGAAAACGAUCCAGUGAGUUCAUGCGGCCAUCUGGUGGCAUCGAGAAACAAUCCCGUUACUCGCUCAAGGAGAAGAAGUCUUACGGCUCUAUCUCUUCGGGCGAGGAGCGCCGAAAGACCAAAAGCAGUGCCGCAGGCUGGGUAGCUGCAGGCCUAGGCGGGAUUGGCUUGGCCAAGGCUGGAAAGGCUGUUUUGACUGCCGGCCGCGACGACUUUGAUGAUACCUAUAGCAUCAAGUCUGGACGCUCAAGACUCUCACGCCGCAGUCGCAGCCGAUCGAGGGAUCGCAAGAGUUACAGCUAUGGCAGCUCUGGCAUCCGUCAUCGGAGCAAUUCUGCUGAUCGCAUGUCCAUCAUGUCAGUGGGCGUCACGAACGACAAGAAGGACCGUAAGGAUUAUAAGAUUCGCCGUCAUUCCCGAUCGAGCUCCAGUUCAAGUAACAACUCUGGACGUGGCAAGACUGGCUUGAUCGGCACUGCUAUCGGCGCCGGUCUUGCAGGCGCCGCCCUUGGAGCGGCUACAAGGAAGAAGCAAUCUAGCCGAUCCAGGUCGCCUAAGAGGGUACAGGUUAUACACCCUCGGAGAGAUAGCAGCGAUGAUGAGCGCCGUAGGAGGAGAUCUCAUCAACUUCGACGGAAAGCUUCUCGAAGCUCAACAUCUGGCGCCUCUGUCAUCGAGAUUGGCGACACUCACGAAUCCCAGGGUGGUUUCUUCAAUGGUUUCUUCGCUGCACCCCCUCCAAAAGAGAAGCGAGUCAACACCACGAGUCUCAAGAAGAAAAAGAAGGGCUUUUUCAAUUUCAGCAACAACUCGUCGUCCUCAUCCGACUCUGAGAUGGCGUUCGGCACCGGCUAUGUGAAGAGGACGCGCCGACGAUCAUCAGGACGAACAUCAGGACGGUCAUCACCUAAGAGACGGAACUCGGAUGAGCGACUGAAAGCCUCUCUUAUCGGUCUUGGCGCCACCGCCGCUGCUAUUACCGCAGCGAAGGCUGGCAAAGGUAAACGCCAUAAUGAGGUUGUUGCUGUAAAGGAAAACCGACUCGGUCGCAAGACAAGCCAAACCCCACGACCUGGCUCCCGUUACGGAGACGACGAGUGGGAGGAUUUGCCGGAUGAUGGUACUUCAGAUUCCUCAAGUGACGGCGGUCUCGUUUACGGUGAUUACGCCCUGAAGAAGACCAAGAGCAACGACUCCAUCGGAUCCAAUGAUUCAGGGACCAACAAAUGGGGCUGGCGUUGGGGUUUCGGCAAGAAGAAGAGGAGGUCGUCCAAUAAUCUCUACGACAACAUCGCCAGUACAUCCCUUAUUGGACCUACCGCAGCUGGUGCCGCAGGUGCUUUGACUGGCGCAGCUGUUGCAGCUACUCAUGGACACCACGACAGUGAGUCUAGUAGCGCGCAAACACUGCAAUCGGUUUACCCCGUUGCACCUCUUGACCCCAAUGCGUCGUUCGAUGCACGCCGCACAAGCUCUAUCGUCACCAAUCAACCUCCAGUCACCCCAGGCCCUGGUCCUGUCCCCAUCCAGCACCCUCAGCCGGUGCAACAAGUCCCUGGAUCGAUUUAUUCAACACAAGCGCCACCACAAUCUGGCUACACUGCCCCUGCAGGCCCACCAGUCUUCUCACAAGCACCAUACCCACCUCCGUACCCCAUGCAAUCUCAAGUUCAAAACAUCAUUGUUCAAAGCCCUCAGCAUCCUCAAUUCCGUCGAGCGAACUCUUCGCCCAUUCAGAGCUCAUCGUGGAAGCGGGAUGCGGCUAUGGCAGGACUUGCAGCGACUGCUGGGGCUGCCGUAGUGUCCGCACUGAAACACCCUGAUCGCCCUCCUAGUCGCCCACCAUCCGCGAAUAGCAAUGUCCGCUUCAACCUAACGCAAGAGCAAGUAGACAAAGAGCAGCGUGAACGACGUAAGGAGCAAGACCGCUUAGACGAAGAAGCCAAUCGUCGUCGAGAACAACAAAGAAUAGACGAUGAGGCGCGACGGGAAGAAGAAGACCGUAUUCGUCGAGAGCAACAGCUACGCGAUGAGGAGGCGCGACGAGAAGCAAUCGCGCGACGGGAAGAAGAAGAUCGCGUUCGAAGAGAACAGCAACUGCGAGAGGAUGAGGCUCGUAGAAUCGAGGAAGACCGUCGGCAGACACUGCUUCGCUUGGAGGAAACAGCACGUCAAGAAGAAGAGCGCCGCCGUGAGGAAGACGAACGGCGUCGCCAAGAGUUGCAACGGCAGCAGGACGAGGCCCGGAAGUUCAUGGAUAUCGAACGCUUGGCUAGGCUUGAGAACGAACGUCGUCGUGAACAACAAGAGGCUCAGGCACGCCAGGCUCGAGAAGCAGAAGACCGGGAGCGUCAGCAACGGAUAGCCCAACUGGAGCACCAGCGCCAGCUUGCAAGCGAGGCAGCCGAAGCUGAGCGAAGACGAAGAGAGCGACUUGAAGCCGAGCAAGAAGAAGCUGCUCGAGCUGAGGCUGCUCGACGCGAAGCUGAGCAAGAAGAAAUAGAGCGACGUCUCCGAGAACGCGAAGGGGACUAUAUCGAUCGCUAUCCGAGCAACCGAGCGCAGAAGCUUGUACAACAACCUCUGGGAGGCUCCAUUGCUUUACCUACCACUAGUGCCCAGCGAAAGGAGCAGGAGCUGCAAGACCGUGAACGUCAAGCAUCCAAGUCCGACAAGAAGUCUUCUGUUGCUGGCGCUGUAGCCGCUGGCGCUGCCGCAGCAAUCGCGACUGCGGCGAUCUCGUCCUACAGGGACAAAGAGAAAGAGAGAGAGCAAGAGAAAGAACGGGAGCGUGAGAAGAAGCGCGAGCGCAAGCGGGAGUCUUCCUCAUCGAAGUCGUCGUCUUCGAAGAGCAGCAAGAAGCGGGAGUCAACCAGCGUCAAGACGGUUGAACCUAGCAAAAUCGAGCAGGACAUGUUCGACGAUGAGAUCUUCGACCCCAACAUCUUCAAGCAGGAUAACUCUCGCCAACAAGCUCGCGACGUCUUACAAGACUGGGAGGACAGGUACUCUGCCGAGCCAGUCUCUCAAGCUGACUUCUUCGCGCCGAAAGAGCUUCUGACCAACGACAACCUACCAAAGGUUCAUCCCGUAGACCCGAACGAGGGUGCUCCUGACCUUCCUGUGUACCAGUCAUAUGAAGACUACCCGAUCAGCCAGCCCAAGAUUCCACCAUAUCCUCCAUCGUAUUCGUUCACGGCCACCAGGAAUGGUCGACCUUCUCAACCACAACCGCCGCCUGUACCUUCGCUGAACCUCAUUUUGCCUACACCCCCCGGUAGUCGCGCACCCUCCGUGCGUAGUCCAUCGCCAGCAGUGGAGCCUAUCAGGGAAACCAGGCGCGAGCCAAGGGACGACGAGUCAAAUCGAGCAAGAUCUAGAGUGAGUUGGGGCGAGAACCAAUUCCACCACUUUGAUGUCCCGACUCCAGAGUCCUACCGCGAACAGUUCGUCUCUGACGGCGACCUCAAGUCGCGUGAAUCGAAGCAACCUGCCGACGAGACCACAGUUGAGCGGGAGACGUCCAAGUCUCAUCAAACUACGUCUACUUAUACACCCUAUCGCCCAGAGAUGUCAACAGUGCCAGAGAGCAAGGAGACCGCACCUAGUACACAGUAUAUUCGUGACAAGGAUGACUCCACGUGGGACAGUGUCGUGGAUGCUGCUUCCAAGAAGAGCAAGACCAAGGAAAAGAAGUCCGCGGCCGCCGCUGCGGCAGCAGCUCUCACCACUGCAGCGGUUCUUUCUAGAGAAGAAAAUGAUGAACGCGACUUGCGUGACUUCAGACCCACCGCGUCCAGCUUAAGCAACCCGUUUUCCGAUGCGAAUAUGGCGCCUUCCACCAUUGCUGCAUCAACCACUUCGGCAUCAACCAUUUCGGCAGCACCGUCGUGGCCUUCCACUAUCACUCCGUCGAACAUCUCAGCAGCGCCAUCGUGGCCUUCCACUAUGUCUCCAUCAACUAUCUCGGCGGCACCGUCUUCCACCAUCUCUCCAUCGAUCAUCUCUGCUGCACCAUCUACGAGCAGUGUGCAGACAGCAUACUGGCAGCCUGAACCAGAGCACAACGCAUGGAGAGCUCCCCAGCAGGAUCCAAUUGGACCCGGUUUUGUUGAAGGAGAGGUUUCCACACCACCAGCGAUCAUGCACAUGCCUGGUGGUUGGGAUGACAUGCCCGAGUCUGAAGUACCAGCAGAGGGGCCCUCAGCAUACUCGACGAAGACGGACGUAAAGGGUAAGGACAAGUCCAAGGAUACUAAUGAAAGUGUAGCUAUGCAGAAUGUCUCUCGACGUGGGGACGCAACACCCACCGUGACUUCCGCACCAGUCAAAGAGAAGGAAGCCGAGCCAGAGACCAAGACAAGCAAGAAGGACAAGAAGAAGAAGUCCAAGAAGUCAUCGAAGCGAGCUAGUGUAGACACAUGGGAGAUGAGCGAACCCAGUCCACCAUCAAGCCCGAUUAUCGAGCGUGAUCCCAGGGACAUCGAACCCUCCAGAGACCCCAGAGACAUCGAGCCAUCGCGGGACCCUAGGGACAUUGAGCCAUCGCGGGAUCCCAGAGAUAUCGAGCCUACUCGACGUGCUGAAGCCUCGCGUGCCCUUGAAUCAUCUCGCUACAACGAGCCAUCUCGAUCCGCUGAACCACCACGGCUAGGAGAAGCAUUUCAGGAAUCACCCAGCACUUCUCCCAAGAAAAGCUCUCGUCAGGAGGAGACCAGCGGCAGUAAAUCUGCUACUGCCGCAAUGGCCGGUGGUUUCGCUGCUCUGAUGGGUAUGACUAUGAACCAGGAUCAGAACAGGAUGGCCUCAGACCUUGAGCGUGCCAGGAAGAAUUUGGAGUCUACAGAGAAGAACGAUUCUCGCAACUCCCCUGUGUCUCCGACAAACGGUGCACGCGCACUCGAAGAACACGAGAAGAAUGUAACGAUUCCAAGCUACGCAUUCGAAGGUAUCGACGAGUUAGCCGACAAAACACCGAGACCGAAGGUUCAGAAAAGACAUAGCAGCGGCAAAUGGUCACCAAGCAUUAGUUCUCCUCUCAGGACUGAGACGAAGUAUGACGACUAUAUUGGCGCUCGUACUAUUCCUGAUCCUUCAAGAUAUCAGACUAUGGUCGAGGCUCCAAAGGUUCCCACUACGUCACCUUUCACCACGGCACCUGAUCCACCCACCACUCAUAACGUAAACGACUCUGGCUACUAUGCUCCCGACGACACGCCACGAAGGGAAAGCAAUGAUAAGGAAUCCGAUGGAUUCUUUCCCACAGGCUCCAACGGCAAAGGGAAGGACAACUAUGCUCGAGACGAACGUGAUCAGGACAACGAUGACAGAUACGAAGAUGAUUUCGACGACAGGUCACGUAGAUAUGAUGACGAUGACAUCGGUUCAAUCGCUUCUCUGAGUUACAAGUACGAGGAUCCAGAUCGUGAAGAGAGACGCCGUAGACGUCGGGAAGCCAAGUCUGAGACUCGUGAGAAGAGCCAUGAUCGCGGUUACGAUCUUGAGGAGGGCGGUGAACGAAGGCGACGUCACCGACGCCAUGAGACUGAAGAUGGUGAUGAUGACUGGGACACGAAGUCUGCCGUCUCCGACACUCGUUCCGAAGUUCCUGGCGAACGACGACGUAAGCACAAGAGGAGGGAAAGCGAGAAGGACAUAUCACCCGAGAGCAAGAGAAGGUCGCGCUCGUCAGCAGCUUCCGAAUACGGCGACUACGACGAUGACCACAAAUCUUCACGAAGACGCUCUAGGCGAGACGACGACAUGGUUUCUGUCGUAUCUUCUAUCCCAGACCUAGACGAGGAUCGUAGUUCAAGAAGAGAGAAGGAGAAACGUCCAAGUGGCUUGCUAGGCCUGUUCAGCAGCAAGUCGAGGGAGAACCUGGCCGAAGCUUCGAGCAAGUCCUCGAAGUCAAAGGACGACGACGACGAAGAACGCAAACAUCGUAGACGGAAGCAUCGGUCGGAUCGCGGUUCCACUUACGGCGGCUCAGACGAUGAUGACAUGCGCUCCACGAUCUCAAGCAGUAGUCGACGCGAGAAGAGGAGCAGUCGCAGUCGCAGUGAGAAAGGAGAUAGAGACAGGAGGGAUGCUUAUGACGAUAAGGAUACUUUACACCCUCGAACCCCGCCCUCGCAUGCCGAUGAACAACAACCAGAACAACCGUCUUUUUUAGGCGAUCGGGCAGUGGCCACGGCCACUCCAAGUCCACUGCCCGGAGGUGAGCCUGUCGAUCAGGCCCACGAGGGUAGUGGCAUAAUCCCUGGAGAUCGGCCCGAAUUUCCUCUUUCAACAUCAGACGAUGCCCAACGCCUCACCGCCUCUGAAGACACCGACCGACCCAGAACACCACCCGAGCUGUCGUUCGAGGACAGCCGCGCGUUACUAACCCGUCUUACAGGUCUUCAACCUUGGCAAUUGGAAGCUUUCCCAGACGAGCUUCCUCCCCUGCCGCUGUCUAGGCCAGGUUCGCCAACCCGAUCACCAGAUGUCUCGCGUCCUACUACUGCAACGUCUCAACGCCGGCUAUCCUCAACUGCAGUUCCUAUACGCUUUCGCAAGCCCGUUGUCCCGUCUACCACUGAUCCAAGCUUAGCAACUAGUCCUGUCUCUAUUGCCUCACCAACUCGUUCUCGCCAUGGCAAGACCCACUCUACAGAGUUCAGAAACUCUCGCGAGUUUCGACCGCUGUAUCUGGUGGAGCGCAACCGCAAAACCGAUGAGAUCGACGAGGUACUUCCAGCGCUCCCACCCAGUAGUGCAUCUUCAGUUGUCUCCGGCGCAGACUCAGAGGAAGAGUUCGAGUCCGCUCUAGAAUCGCCGUACGAGAGCGUUGGGCAAUCGUCCAAUGAUCCAUCUUAUGAUCCUCUAAGUGCCGUAUCCGACCUCAUUUCGCCUCGCUAUGGAGCGGAACCUCAACAGCCUGAGGUUGCACACCGUGAGGCUGAAGAGAUCGAGGAAUCCGGGCAAGCUACACCGAAAGCUUCAGACUAUUUUACAGGUGCGCAGGAAACGUCGUCAACAUCCAGUGGUCCAAACUACGAAUCACUUACUGCGGCGUUGGAACACGCAAGAGCACAAGAACAGAAUGAGUCUACCGAUGAUGCUUUCAUGUCAACCUUGACAUCUCCACAGCCAGAGACGCCUCUCGAUACAAGUGCCCCGCUUGACGAUAGGAUGAUGCGUGACGUGCCUACACCUCGUGAUGCUGUUUCUGCGCCAUCAAGUAGCUCGACAAGACUCCAGGAUGCUGCUCUUGGUGCUGUAGUGGGAGGAUUGACAGCAACUGCGAUGCGAAAGCGUUCCCCUUCGCCGACUAGGUCUGAGCGCGGUGAUUUCAAAGACGAGGUUUCAUCAGUCGGAAAGUCAAAGCAGCCUGAAAUUGAGACCGCGGAAAACGUCGUCGAGCCAUCACCAAAGGAAAAGGGUAAGGGUAAAGGUAAGAAGGGCAAGAAGAGUAAGAAGGCUGCCGCAGCUGAGUCUCCAAUACCUGCACCGACUGAAGAAAUGGUAGAGCCUUCGCCCUCUUUCAGCUUCGCUCCGACGUUCGUCGAGGACGAGAAUGAUUGGAUCAAGAACAGGUCCGAGUCUAUCGUCACAGAUGAUGCUACGCUUGUUGGUGAGCCUGUAGCUACACCUGCAGAUGCCAAGGACUUUCGACAGAAAGUUCUGGAUAGUACUGCACCGCGGAAAGACGAGUCUACUGAAGUCAGGCGCGCUACUUUUGAUGACGUUCCUCAAGAAGCCGCGAGGUCAAUCGAAAAAGCUGAAAAGGCAGAGACAGGGCUUGGAAUAUCAACCGAUUUCGCCCCAGCGACAUCAAUAUCUUCACAGGAUGCGCCUGCAGAACCUAGUUCUUCUACGUCCGCCGAUGGGUCAACCGCUAGGUCCAUCACCGAGCCUGGCACUAAGUCUAUUAAUGAACCUGUUACUGAACCAGUCGUUGAGCCACCUACCGAAUCAGCUACCGAGCCAACUAUCGAUGAGGAGGUUACGCCUCCACCAAAGGCCAAGAAGGGAAAGAAGAACAAGAAGGGAAAACGCGGUAGUAAACAAGCUGAGCCCGAACCAUCGUCUUUACCCGAAAUCGCACCUCAAGAUGACCAGAUCUUGCCUUCGUCAGAGCCACAACAGGAGACCAUUAAGCGCGAUAUUCUUGAGCCAUCUUUUGAACGCACUGAGACGAAUGACAAGGUCGAUGUCAUGGACUUUUUGGUUCAAGAAGACGUGCCAGCCGCCUCGGCUGAUGAAGCAGGGUCAAAGGAGAUUGUACCUGCACCUGUCGCUUCUACGAACCCUAAAGAGCCUGAGAUGCAGGUUGCAGCUGGGCCUGCUACACCCGAGCUUCAAGCUCGUCCUAGCACAUCCGACGGUCCUGAACAAGCUAAGAACAAGGCCAACGUCGAGGAACAACGUCGAGCCUCCACCAUCGAAGGACAAUCGGGAGGAUCAGGCUGGGGUUCCGGCCUGUGGGGUGCUCUCGGAUGGGGCAAGAAAAAGGCGCCAUCACCAACAUCCUCGCCUCCAUCCUCACCUAAACCCCAGUCUGCCGUCCUGGCUGCGCUGGCUGCUGCUAGAGAAGAGGCUAAACGCAAAGGAUUGCCAUCUCCGCCGAUUGUCCCUGACAAGAAGAUUGCCACAGUCGGGAUCAGGCCUACUCUUUCCCGAAAGAGUACACAAGACGAACCAGCAAAGCCGCAGUUACAGCUCGAGACUGAAGUCAAAAGAGCCGCCAUACCUGAUCAGCGCCCAGCCGAGGCAACCCGCGAUCUUGUUCAAGACGAAGCAGGCUCCACUGUCACACCCCACACUGCGUUCUUCACUGACAACGGUAAACCUUCUUUCGCAUUCCCUAAGAUGCCAGCGACACCUCAGAAGCAGACUUUCGAUACUCCCAAGGACAUUCCUGCUGUCGAAGAGAAAACUGCGUCGCAACCUGAAGAAGCCACACCGUCUACUGCCUUCUUCACAGACGAUGGAAAGCCAUCUUUUACAUUCCCACCUGUACCUUUCAUACCUGCAGCUACGUCGACGACAACAGAGUCUGAAGAAUUGCCUGCUGCGAAGGAGGCAAAGAGCCCUGCUUACGUCUCCCCGCGCAGCACAUUCUUUACCGACGAUGGGAAACCAUCAUUCACCUUCCCGACGAUGUCGUCUUCUCCUGCCAUCGAACCCAGCUCCACAGCUAACGAAAUCCCCAUCACAGAACAGAUCACAGCUUCUGUGGGUGCCUCACCGCUUAGCACGUUCUUCAGUGAUGAUGGAAAGCCUUCGUCCUCGUACCCUUCGAUACCAUCUGCUACUGCCGAGCAAGCUACAUCGAUUGGGAAGGAAACAGAGGUUCCGCGGGAACAAACGCCAUCCACCUUCGUUGCGCCUCGGAGUACGUUCUUUACUGAUGAUGGGAGGCCAUCGUUUGCGUUCCCAUCAAUCUCUAUACCCGCUGAGCAGGCCGCCUCGAAUUCCACCGACACGAAGAUCGAAACGGAACAAGAAUCAUCUGCGUUCGUUGUACCCCGGAGUUCCUUCUUCACCGAUGACGGAAAGCCACCAUUCGCCUUUGGAACUGUCUCUACACCCACAGCGUCCUCGGUGUCGGUCAACAAAGGCACAGUCGUCGAAGAGAAGACUGCAGAGCCUUUAUCUCUUGCUCGAAAUGCUUUGUUCGCUGAUGAUGGGCAAUUUACCAGCAAGAUCUCUGACUCAGUCCCGACUGAGUCUGGUGGUUCUACCUAUGAUCGGAUCUCGCUUGAACCUAGCUCGUCAAAGAAGAAGAUCAUCAAGCCGAAGAAAAAGACGACGAAGAGUAGCGUACAGGUUCCUGAUCUGGACGAGCCUGUAAACACUAUCAAUACGACCAAUGAUGCUCCUGUUGGUAUUGUGUCGGAAGUCUUAGACGAGCGACCAGCGACUGGGCCUAUCGAGCGCCAGCUCGAAGCCGAAAGAGGUGAGGAGACUUCUAUGGGAAGUGCGGUCGAGCCUCGAGGUGAACAGGUAGCACCUGAAGCUACGCCUCUUAGCGAAGAGCCGUCUGCCGUCGUUUCUGUUGAACCAGCCGUUGAGGUAAAGGAGCCAGUGGCUGCAGAAUCGUCCAUUCCAGCCGUUGAUGAGGUCACUCCAUCUGCUGGUAAGAAGAAGGCUAAGAAGAACAAGAAGAGCAAGACUGCUGAGCCCGCAAUCACUGAAGCUGAGACAUCGGCUGCCACGGGGCCUGUUGUACCUUCUGCUGAGCGUUCGUUUGAUGCAUCAUGGAAUCCGGCACUGCGCAGCGAGAAGGAGCCGAGUCGACAAGUCAGCGCGACACUCACAAGUGCAUUGACGACUACAACCGAGGAUAUCUCCAUCAACGAGCGCUCGACCGCGGAGACCGUGCAAGAAAGGACUGCGCCAUCAGAGAGCGAGGGUUUGAAGCUCGCAUCCGAAGUCACACCAACCAUGGAGGAGGUUGCACAUGAAGAAUCCUCUCUUCCCCUGGGCUUGGCGGCUGUGACAAAACAAGAAGCACCAGCCGAGUUCGUACCCUCUGUCCAGGACGAUACACCCAAUACGAAGAUGAGUGAGAAGAGUGGUAUUCCCGCGCAGGAACCCUCACUCAAUACUGUCUCUGAAUUUGUCGAAGCAAGCGAGAAGUUAUCUGACCAGCCGACUGCCGCCCAGGACAUACACCAGUCUACCACAGUUGAGGCUGCCAACAUACCUUUGCCUGACGAACAAUCCGACAAAGAUCUCAUGCACCCUUCCGAGAAGGACACCUCUGUAGACGUUAUUGAGGAGACUAAGCCGGAACUCGAAUAUUCGUCGGCGCCUAUAGAAGCUGAGCUCCCUACUACGCCUAAAACUAAGAAGAGCAAGAAGAGCAAGCGGAAAAGUGGUAUCGCGACGCCCCUGCCUGAGAUCGAAGUUGCGCCUGAGCAGGUUACAGCUCCCCUUCAAACGUCUACACCGGCCAGUGAGCCGGUAGCUGUUACAGAACAACUUCUUGAUCAGACCCGCGAUAUUGAGCGACCUCCAUCGAUCGAACAGGUUGAUGCUGUAGAGGUUUCUCUUCCCCAGCAGAAGCUUGACGAUGUAACUAAUCCUGCCACUGUACCUCUUCCGACUGCUGCUUUCGACGAGGAUUUGUCUACGCCAUCAGAACAGCCAACAAUUACAGCUGAGGCCUUUACUCCCAUCGAAUCGAAGACGGAGGAUACCCCAUCAACCCCCACUUCGAAGAGAGACAAGAAGAAGAAGGGCAAGAAGACCAAAGAUGUCAAACCCUCCGUGGAGGAGGUCUUUACGCAAGAGGAAAGUGCUAGUGUCGAGCCAAGCGUGGAGCAAGAGAACACGAAUAGAGAGAUCGACCAAGACGAGGCCACUAUCGCUGUACAAGCGCCAGUAGAGCUCAAAGAUGGGAUUCAGGAUGUUGAUGCGAAGGAUUCGGAUGCCGAGAAGGCCGGACCGGUUGUUCUCGAAGAGCAGCCACAGCUCGACGUUAUCAUUGAUCAGGCACCCAAAGAGGGACCCGCGGAGCACACCAACGAUAUUCCCCAAAAGAUCCAGCCAACGCAUCUUGGGCCAGAUAAUUCAUCGGCAGCUAAACCAAGCCAGGUCGCAGAUCUAGUGUUUGAUGACGUUGUGGAUGUACCUUCUUCUAAGAAAGACAAGAAAAAAAAGAAGGGCAAGAAGGCAAAGAUUUCGGUUGAGGAGCCCAGUACACCGAUCCUCGAGGAACAACCAGAGUUAGAGGAUGUUCAAGCUCGCCCUGUUGUCGCCGCUUCCCAACCUGCGAUGGAACAGUCUGUACAACAGGCGGCAAAGUCGGAGCCUAUCGUUAACGACGUGAUCCCUGUGCAAGAGGAGUUCAACUCGGAGACCCUACAGCCUUCCACUGAGAGCGCAAUCCCCGUCAUUCCGGAGCAAUCGGAAUCGCCACAGCCUGUAACGGUCAUAGAUGAAGAAGUCAAAACAUCCUCGAAGGAUAGCAAGAAGGAUCAGGCCGAUGAGGAUGUAUCAAGCGUUCCACCCAUUGUUGCUCAGCGCGAGUUGGGGCUUCAGGCAGAAGUCGCUGGAAGUCAAGACCUUCCUGAAGCGAUACAUGAACCGCAACAGGAAACAAGAUCCACUCGCGGAGCAUUGGACGAUGCUCUCCCUGAACCUAUGGUCGGUUUUGAGUCAACUCCAGGAGUCACCGAAACGCAGUCCACCUUUGAUGAUUCAACUAUCUCGCAAGUGGCUCCAGUCGAAGAGCAUUUACAAUCUGCUACGCUACUGGAAGAAGAGCCUACAACGCCACCGAAAAAGUCCAAGAAGAAGAAAGCCAAAAAGAGUAAACCAGUCGAGAUCGAACCCACAUCUGCCGACAUAGCCGGUGUGAAAGCGGAGACUGAGCCUUCUAUCGAAGCCGCUGGAUCCGGACCAAUCGCAGAUCACAUUCCGGCUACGUCUCCUAAGCCACUUGAACAGCCCCAGGUCGAGUCCCAAGUGACACAGAGUGACCGAGCACUCGAUGUUUCUCCCGAGCUACCUGUAGAGUCAGUCACGGAAGUUUCUCAGCCUUCACUCCCUGCCGAGGAUCCCCCACGCGAGCCAUCACAAGAGACACUGGCUAUUGAACCAGAGACAGUGCCUCUUUCAGAAACGCCUGCCAGAGAGAUCGACGAGCCCAUCGCAGAUGAUCAGCUUGCUACGCCAUCUAAAAAGAGCAAGAACAAGAAGGCUAAGAAGGGAAAACCGACCGAAACCGAGCCAAGUACGCCUGUUGCUGAAGUAGCUACUUCUCAGCCUGACCCAUUCACGAACUCCGCCCAACCUGAGCAACCCAUAGCUGAAUCCGUUCCUUCAGCACAGGCUGAGCCCGCUAAGUCAGAGCAAGCUGCGUCAUUUGCUGAGCUUGUAGCUCUUCCCGACACCGAUGACAAAGAUCUGGAAGAGCCGGUAGUCCCCGAAGUUGAGGUUCCUGAGGAUGUCCCAGUCGUCCAUGAAACUUUUGCGGACAUCUCUGAUAACGCUGCUGGCACACAGCAGGAGAUCACUCGAGAUCAUAUCGUCCCUACGUCGCCCACGCAGCCUGCUCUAGAAGCCGAGCCAAUCUCUAAGAAGAGCAAGAAGAAGGGUAAAAAGGGCAAAUCCAUUGAUACCGCUGAGCCUAGCACACUGGUUGAUGAGGACCCAGCACCACAAUUCGAUAUCCCUUCCGAGCCUUCCCAAGAUGCCAAACGCACCGAGGAUGAUGUGCCGCUGCCGCAGGAGAGCUCCAGGGAAAUCCCAUCGAUUUCGUCGAAGGAGGUGCAAGCAAAUGAGGAUGCCACCCAGGAUGUCGAGCUCCAACAGGACUCAGCGACACUUAGACACGAGCCUAUCACCGACGAUACUGCUACAGCUGUCAAGCCUGAUGUUACAUCUAGUCCUGUUACGCAAGAUCCUAUUGAUCAGCACCACACCGACAUCUCAGCGCUCAAACCCGAGCCUGGCGAUGUGUCUUCUGAUAAGCCAACUGGCUUCGUUGCUGAUGUCGCUACUCCGGUGACACCUCUCCGAUCCAGCUUUACGGGUGAGCAGCCUGUACUAGACACUCCCGCUGGCCCAAUCGCUGAGACGGAUCGUGCUCUGGUAGCUGACCAGUUUACACAACCCGUUUCAUCUGCCGUACCACUUGAUGACGUUGCACCACCUAACAAAGCAGUCGCCGACGCUCCGCGUGCCGAAGAAACGGUGCAAGACGAAGAUGCUCCUAGCACGCCCAAGAAGAACAAGAAAAAGAAGAAGGCCAGAAAGGGAGCAUCGGCUUCCGAGCCUGAGACUCUUGUUGCCGAGUCUGUGCCAAUCACUUCCGAGACCACUAUCGCAGCAACUGAGGAACCAACCACUCAAAACGUUGUUCGUGAGCCUAGUGCCACUGAACUUCUGCCAGAGCAUAUUGAGGCUUCUACUGCCGAGCAGGAUGUCAUCACUUCCACGAUACCCACCCAGUUCCAGGAAGACGCCCAACCGAUUGUUGUUGGACAAAUGCGCGACGAGCCCAUCCCGGAGCAAGGCGUUGAGGCUGCACCGCUCUCGAACGAAGACAAGAAAGGCCAGGAAGCUAAAAAGGCCGGAGUCAAGAGUGAGGCGCCCAAGAAAUCUUCUACGCCUGCCGAGGCUAAGAUGCGAGCUUUCGUAGAACCAACUAUCGAAGAGCCAGUCGCGUCCAAUGCUCAUCGAAAAUCUACAGAAGAAUCUGUCGUUGAGACACAGACCGUUCCCGAGACUGCAUCUCCGAUAUUGACGCCAGUGGAUAGUAACAUUCAAGACGAUGUACCUCCAUCCGCGUCGCCGGCUGAACAUGUCAUCGCCAGUACCCCGGACGAUCCCACACCUGUGCCCAGAGACCAAGAAGACGCCAUGGUUACACAGUCUGAUGUUGUCGCAUCCACAGCUGAGCAGAAGCAAGCGGAGGAGACAGCUUCCAAGAAGAGCAAGAAGAAGGCUAAAAAGGACAAACGUGCUUCUGUCGCUGAAGACCCGAUCCUGCACCCUGAGCCAUCGGCGUCGUUACCCGAAACUACUGCAGAAGCACCAUCGACUUUUGUCGAAGUUGCAGAAUCUGCAAGAGCAACUACCUCAAGCAAAGAGCCCAAUCUCGACAUUACGCCCGCCUCGAAUGUGUUUGUCGAACGUGAUACCGUUUCCGAUGCCACAGCUCCACCCGUUUCUGAAGCAACUAUCGUAGAGAAAGACGAAACGCUAGCAUCCGACGAGCCAAGUCAGCAGAUGCCAACUAUCGAUGCACUCGUGCCUGAGGAACCCAACAUAGUAGAUGCCACAGAAGAAGCUGCCGCGCCUCUCUCGAAGAAGGACAAGAAGAAAGCUAAGAAGGCCAAGCGCGUUUCAACCACCCAAGAGCCUACUUCUAUUCCGCCCACUUCCGUUGAGGAAAAGGAUGAGCCGGUGCUGGAACAGCAGAUCGAGUCCACGACUCCAGCUACUGAGGGACUUAUCUCUGAAACCCCUGUCAGUGAAGAAACGCCAAUUACCCUUCCCGAUAUUGCUGAAGAGCGGACAACGAUGCCUGCAUCUGUCCAAGAGCCCGCUGCGACACUUUCGCCUAUUUCUGAGGUGCCUAUUCAAGUCGAAGCUGCGCCAGAGGCCGCAGGGCCUGUUUCGACGAAAGACGAGAAGAAGGCGAAGAAGCCAGAGCGCGAAUCUAUUGUUGAUGCUAUCUCAGUCGAGACGCCAGUAGAGAAGUCCCAAGAACGCUCUCUUGAUACUGUUGCUGCGAGCGUCGAGCAACAGCCUUCCGAAGUCGCAUCAGCCGAGCUUAAUGCAACAUCUGCUAUUGUUGAGGGGUCCAACAAGGACGAGACCUCUUCCGGCGUACCGACCGAAGACAAGCGAGUUCCUUCGACUUCUGUUGUGGAAGGAAAGUCAUCUGACGCAGUAGUAACUGAGCUACCUUCUAGAAUUGUCCCGACCGAGGGUCCUGCCGAAGAGCCCACAACAUCUUCGAUCACUGAUGAGCCGGUAAAGCUUUCCAAGAAGGAGAAGAAGAAGAAGAAAGCGAAGAAGAACAAGCAAGGUUCAGUCGCAGAAGCUGAGCCAUCCGUUCCUCCCACUCCAAUCGAUGAGCCUGUCAAAGAGCUUGCGGAAGAAGUCAACGAUGAUGCCGUUGUCGAUCAAGAGCCUAAAGCACCAGUUGUCGAGCAGACAGAGGCCUCGGUUGGUGUACGCGCACCCUCCGAAGAAGUAGCAGCAUCUGUACCUGUCGCAGAACAGAUUCCCUCGAAGGCCACACAAGAAGAGGAUACUGUGUCGUCAAAGAAAGAGACGGAGAAAGUGGAGAAAGCAGCUGAGCAAACUUCCACCGCCGUGGCCACAUCUUCUAAACCUCUUGUUUCCACUGAGGCGCCGACCCAAACAGCUAACCCACCUUUGGAUGAGCUGCCUUCUGCGGAGCUGCCUGAAGAGACAAUUGACACUGCAACCACCGAGGCGCUGCAAACAGAGGUCAUAGACUCGGCUGCGCCAGCUGCCGUUGCUGAGAAGGGAACUGAAAGCGAGGGGCUGAUCACCAGCGAUGAUGGAAACGUUCUCACAGAGGGCACGCAAUCCAUCAUCCCACGUGCGGCUGAGACUGCUAUAUCAGACGUACCAACUAUGCCUAGCACCGGAGCUCUCCGUAAAGAUGCCAAGCAAGACGAUGAGCAAGAGCCAGAAGACUGGGCUGGACUAUCGAAGUCGCAAAGAAAGAAGAUGAAGAAGGCCAAACGCGCGUCGGCUGUUGGAAGUGAACAAUCUGAGUCUGCAACGCCAGCUGAAGGUUUACUCAACGACCCUACUUCUGAGUCUCAACUAGCCGAUAGUCAAGCAGCUCAAGAGCCCACCGACGAGCACAAACUGACAGAUGCGUCCCGCCAGUCCACCGUUCCAGGUGAGGCAUCCACUGGUGAGACAAAGCAGGUCGAAGAGCAGCUUGAACCAUCUACUGUGACCAGUGAGCCAACAGCCGACCCAACGCCAGCUGAAGAACAAGCCACUAUCGUCGCUACCCCAGAGCAACCUCCAGGCGACCCCAAGCCACCAGACAAAGAGCCAGAUCCGCUUUCACCUUCUUCCAAGAAGGAUAAGAAGAAGGCGAAGAAGCAAGCUAAGAAGGCGGUGCCUUUUUUAGCGGAUGAGACGCCUGAGGCAGCCAACUCUGAUACUCAGCCGUCUCUGUCGAUCCCUACACUUUCGGAGACCCAACUACCUUUCUCGGGGAUACCGACAUCCUAUCCCCAGCCUUUUACGAAUAAUGAGCUUGUUGAUGAUAAUGAUGUGAAGAUUGAGGAUGCAAGGGAGGAGGGUGGACAUGAGGAGGAGAAAAAAGAGGAGGAUUUCAAAUAUGAGGUGGCGAAAAGGGUAGUGGAUGAUGUACAAGAUCAAGGGGUAGGUGAGAGACAAGAGGAGCAGAUGGAAGAUGCUAGAGCUGAAGCUGGCAAGCAAAAGCCUGCGGUCGUGAAGGAAGAGGUCCCAGAGACCAUGACUACAGAGCCGAGCGUUGCUGGAUUGGAACCAAUGGCUGUCGAGCAGCAAGCUGCGCCGAUUCCUUCGCAAGAGCCUGCAGCUGCCGAAGUUGAUGCUGCAGCGUCGGAGAUCGAGAAGCCAACACUCGCUGUGGAAGAACUUGCGCCGGAGCCAACCAUUCUGGACAUAUCCACAGUUGUAGAAUCAUCUCGAGCUGUGGAUGUCGAGCCAGCAAUCACGCCAGAAGUCCCUACUGCCCUAGAGCUGCCACAGCAACACGUUUCCGCUCCAUCGGACUCUGUGACAGACCAGCCGACUGUUCUUCAUCCACAAGAAGGGACUGAGAACAUUGUGGAAGAAGCUAGUUCUACAUCGACUGCACAGCCAUCGCGUCUACCUGACGAGACCAAUGAUGUGGCCGCUCCUUCUAAGAAGAAAAAGAAGAACAAGAAAGCUAAGCGCGUAUCCACUGCCGAAGAACCGGAACAGCAGACUGGACUUCUCAAACCUGAGCAAGACAUUACGGACAACUUGAGCGAGAGUAUCGCAGCUCCAGAACCCAAGGAGCCAAUCGCUUCUACCAUUGAGGAUGUCCAACCUCUGGAGGAUUCCGUACUCGUCGAAGACAAGGCGGUAGUAAACACUCCCGAGCCGGAGGCUGAUGCGAAGCCCGCUGAUGAGGAAAUUACCUUCAAUGACGGUCAGGCAGUCGCCGAUAUCCACGAGUCUGGCCUUUCGCCAGUCCCGGUAGAAGAGCGCCAGGACGUGCUUGCACAGCUCGACACUUCCACACCUGUGCUUGGUUUCGAUAACGAGCUAACUAGCGCGGAAUCUAUAAUCAAGGACACGGAUCGUGUAGUUGGUGGCAUCGAACAGCCUGUAACUGCUGCUUCGGAAGCUGAGCAAACACGAGAGCCACAAUUCAAUGAGCCUAUUUCUCCUAAGAAGAGUAAAAAGAAGAGUAAGAGGGCCAAGCAAGCGUCUAGCAUGAUUGCGCCUGCCGAGACUAGUUUUGAGGUUCAGCCUUUACAACCGGAGGGACCGCCUUCGGUACAGCUCGAACCAACGCAGACGGCGUCUGAACCGGUUACUGAGCUUGAAGUAUCACGUGAGAUGCCUGUUUCUGAUCAACACAAGGAUACUCAACCAUCUGUCACUUCAAUUAGCAAUACGCCAGCUGAUGUGAUGGUGACUGUACCAGAGGAACCCACUUCCACGCUUCUGGAGGAGGUACUACAGCUUCCGCUAGCCGACAUCAAACGCGAAGCACCUACCGAAGCUCAAGAGGUUGUAUCUGACUCAUCGGCGGUAUCGCAGCCUGCUUUGCAGACUUCUGGUGACAUACAGUUGCGCACCGAGGAGCUUCCGGUACCAUCGCCGUCAAAGAAAGACAAGAAGAAGAUCAAGAAGGCGAAGAAGGAAACUGACACUACAACACCUGCCGAAGACGUUGUUUCGGAACCACCACACGAUCCAAUCACCGAAGCCGUACCUGCUCAACAAAGCCAGGAGGUUGCUGAGCUACCAGAUGAUGUUGAGUCGGCUUCAGAGAGCAGAGCCGUUGAGCCGACAAUAUCUGUCGAUUUCCAGGUACCCGUCACUCAAGAUCCUCAGGAGCUGUCAAAUCCUACAGAACCACAGCCCGAGCUAGAGGUGGCUGCUGAACUUGUUCAAGUUGCUUCUCAAGUACCAUCGCUCGAAGACCGUACUAUCGACCCGCCAGCUGAGACAGUCGAUGAUAUGCCGGUUGCAGUAUCUGAUCUCGAGAUCCCGCCGCAUAGCCAGAUGGAGCAGCUUUCGACCCCUACUGCAGAACAAGAGUCUUCGCUUAGUUUAGUUGACGCCGCACCUUUGUCCAAGAAAGACAAGAAGAAAGUCAAGAAGGCGAAAGCGAAAGCUUUGGGUAGGGACACACCCGUCAAUGAAGAUAUAGUCGAACCCAAGGCUGAAGCCGCACAAGAUGUCAGCACUCGCAGCAACGAGCCAAUUAUCCAGGACGCACUGACUGACGCGCCUUACGACGAAGCCGUGGCCGAGAUACCUGCGCUCCCAGUAAACCAAGAACCUUCACUCAAUGAUAGCGCUCUCCAAUUGCUUCCGAUGCAGCUCGCCAAGGAGGAAAUCACGAAGUCUGGUUCUACGACGCCUUCCACGGAGAACGUCCCAUCCGUUCCACCGGCUGUCACCCUAGAGUCUAUUGUUGAGCAAUCGAACAAAGACGAGCAAGUCCCUACAACGCAAGAUGCCUCGGUUGCACGAGAAAUCUUGAUUGACGAGCCGACUGAGGAAGCUGUCAGCUACGAUGCGUCAGUUCCUACUGCCGUGCCAGCACUCAUCGAAGAGCAGCCCAUAAAUGUACCAGCAGUAGCCGUUGAAUCUCAAGCGAAGGAGCCAGCAUUGCCAACGAUCUCGAAGAAGAAGAAGAGCAAGAAGAGCAAGAAGACAGAUGUCAUGACGCCAACAAUCGAAGCUCUACCCGCAGCUGAGUCUGACAGCACUAUCACAGCUACUGGUGGCGUAGUGCCUCUUACAACCGAGGCUCGUGUCUCUUUCGCACCAGUCGUGGAUGAGCAGCCCAAGAUAGAGGAAGCUGCAACUCAACCGGAGGAUCUUCCACUGCAGGAGACAACUGUCACUACACCUGCCACUGAGACUGCGCUUGCAGCUAGCGAACAAGAUUUAGUGCCACAGACAGCGAUUCUGAAAGAAGCCAAGAGUGAGACAGACAUGCGGGAGUCGGUUCCUGAACGCAAGCUGAGCAAGAAAGAGCGAAAGAAGGCACAGAAGCAGGCUGCUGCUCUGGUUGAUGAAUUCAAGGUUGACAGUGAGCCUGCCGUCGAGCCUUCCAUCGAGCUGUCCACCGACUAUGCGUCAGCAGAACCAUCACCUCUGGCUGAUGUUCUCGACACCACUUUGGUUGAAUCUACACAAGACCCCACCCUAAUGGCUCGAGAUCCUGUCGUCGGGCGCGAGGCUUCUCGCGACGUAUCCGAAUCUGUACGAGAGGAUCCAACCGUAAGGACGAGCGAGUCAUUGCCUGAAGUCGCAGAAGUAGAGAGCGUGGUUUCCGUGACUCCCAAAAAGGGCAAGAAGGCUAAGAGAGACAAGAAGAGUGCGGCCCAGCCUGUUGUUAUCGAUGUCGCAAAUGAACCCGUCAGCGAAACCUCUGAACUUCCUGGACAGACAAAAGCAUCGGAACCGCUCGAGAUCGAGCCUAUCACUACUGGCGGACCACAGUCUACCGAUUCAAAGGAUCCAGAGGAAACCGUUCAGGACACGGAGCAGCCAGUGAUGAUUCUGAUUGACGAGCCAUCGAAGAUGGCAACAAAAGCUGAGGGUGAGCCUCUUCCUGCCGUCAGCGAUGCUCCGGAAUCCGCCGAACAGCCUAGAACAUCAACUGCAUCACAAGAGAUGGAUAUCGCAGUGCUGCCGAACAGCGUCCCAUCAAGCUUUUCUGAGGUGCAAGACAGUUCUGUUCCUCAAGUUCAAGCAUCAUCGCCAUCGAAUGCGAAGAAAUCCGAGCAAAAGCCCUUGCAAGAGCCGUCCUCGGAUUUCCCAACUGUCGCGCCGGCUAUUGUGGACCUCAAAUACCAGACCGAGGAAGUUGAACCACUUCCCAAAUCUUCCACAUCUCAGCCCGUCAAUGAGGCAGCUCGCAGAUCGCAAGCGACCCGAGAGGUGACAAACGACCGUAGCGAUAUUGUGAAGGACCUAACUGAAGCGUCAGCUGAGCCCGUUACUAUCUUGGAUGAAAACAGGGAUGAGCCAAAGGUAUCAUCAGAAAACACCGAUGCCCAGCCGAGUAUCGUCGAGCCAUCCAAUCUAGAGGCACAUAUCCCAUCUCCAUCAAUCAUCACAGAGGAAGUGUCCUUUGAAACUCCUAGCUCCACUGCAUACGACAAGGAGGUCUCGCCUGUAAUCCCCACUGAUGCCUCGAUCUACCACAAUGACAGUUUACCUACGAAUACCGAGGUCACAAAGGAUAUCGAACGACCUACGACACCAAUCGUAGGGAAGGUACCGACCGUCACUGAGGCUGAUGAAGACCAAGUAUCUCAUGUCUUCGAUGCGGCUCCUGAAGAGACCCAGCGAAGCCUUGAUGAGCAGCAGCCUAUCGAACCCACCGACUCUUUCACUGCACACCAUGGAGCGGGUCCUGUUACUCAAGACGAUGAUGUUCCACCAAACGAGCUAUCACCCUCCCUCAAGGCGAUUCAAGAUGAUGCUGCUGAACUGCGACUUCGUGCCGAAGCCCUCGACGCAGAGCUCGCCACACAAAGAGACGCUGACAAGUUCUCUGCCACUGAGCCGACUUCUAUAUUAGAUCUGGUAAGAAGGCUUACAAAGAAGGAUAAAGAAGAGGCAAAGAAAAGCAAGGGCGAUUCUGGUACUCUAUCGACGACUCCUGCGACCCGAACUGAGGUUGCGGUAGAGACGAAGGAGGGCUCCAGAAUGCCUGCACCUGUUUCUGCGCCUACUCUAGUGGAGGAGCAGGUCAUUGAGGAGACGGGAGCUGUUGGCACAUCAAUUCCAGUAGAGGAGAGCCUCGUCCCGACCGAUGUGCCUUCCCGCAACCUGAGCAAGAAAGAAAAGAAAAAGGCCAAGGCUAACGGACCUGCGAUCAGCUUUGAUGAGCUUCACGACACACCAACGCAAUCGAGCGUGCAGAUCGGCGAUAUCCCAAAGCCAGCCAUCGAGCAGCCAAGGGAAGAUUUACAAGUUGCCACUGAACCUUCAGCUAGCGCCACCAUAUCAGACGACACUCUCCAACCCACCCCGCCCAUGGAUAUUGAGAGAAUGGGCCCUAUCGAGCCAGCCACAGCCGAAACCCUAGCUCCGUCCGCCGUCACUGAGGACAUGCAAGAAACCAAUGCAGAAGAUGAGCCAGUGCUGUCGAGGAACCUUGACAAGAAAGACAAGAAGGAGUUCAAACAAGCUAUCGAGUUCCAAGAUACGCCAGUGAAUUUGUCCCAGGAUAUCUCUUCCGCUACUGUGGCUGAAUCUCAAGAGGUAGCUUUACCUGAUUAUGGGGUAGCUGCUCCAUCUCUAGCACCUGUCGUCGAGAAAUCCCCCAUGUUGAGCAUUGAGACACCUAGUGAGCUCGCUGUGGAAGAACUUGUCGCUGCGCCGCAGACAUCAAGCCAAGAUGAGGAAACACGAAUUGAUACCUCAAUCGUCGUGCCAACAGAGACAAUCAAAGAUACUCUGCCGCUAGUGGCUCCCGAGCAACAAAAGAUGACCAUCGAUGAGUCACCCGUUCCAUCUCAGGAGCUUAGCAAAAAGGACAAGCACAGAGUCAAACAAGACGCACUAGCCGCGCAGGACCUUGAAGCAUCCGCCACGAGGGAUGUAUCGCUUCCCGAAGCCAGCGAGCCGGCUGCUAUAUCACGACUGCAUGCGGAGCCAGGUGUCAAGAUCACUGAAGUUCUUCCAGAACCUAUCUUGACCAACUACACCGAUUCUACACAUGUCUCAGAGAGCACCCAGGAGCGAGAACAAGAGCUUGCGACUGUUCCUGCUUUAGCAAGUAAAGAGACCAAGAAGGACAAAGAGAAGAGCGAAGAGGAUGUGGGAAAAGCCGAAGAAGUUCGAGACGAAGAGCCGCUGGUCAAUCCAUUAGAACUCAUUGGCACUCAGCUCCUAGUCCCCAUAGACGCCCCAGUUGAUCCCAUUGAAGACGCGCCUGUCGCACCGGUAACCGAAAGUCAGCGUGACCUACCUUCAGAGGUCGAACCCCAAGAGAUCAUCGUCCCGGAUGGCAACGCAGAGGAGCAUUUGAGUGCCGAGUACCCAACGAUCGAAGCUACGCCUAAGGCCGAAACAACCACAAGGAACAACAAAAAGCAGAGGCGCAAGUCAAUGAUCGCUACCACGUUUUCGGAGGGGCCGGCCAAUGUUACACCUACCGGUCCAGUCGAAGAGAGAGUUGCCAUGCCUGAAGCAAACAUCCUGUCGAGAGUUACAUCGAAUUCUCGCCAGAGGGAGACUCAAAAUGGCAUACCUCCUGCGGAAAACACGACCACAACGCCAUCAGCGUCCGAGCCGAAUGUCGAAGAAGUUCCUAACAAGCUUAAGGGUAUGCAUUCUAGAUCCAUAUCCGACGUUUCAACCGCUGGUGCUCAAUUCAGAGCCACCGAACCCGACCAUACUCCUCAGCAACCACUGUUGCACAAGAAGUCGUCCAAGAAGCACAAGCUAGCAGCGUUGUUCGAGCGCGGCGCAUCGCAGGAUGGCCCUAGCGCGGAACGUAACUUGCGCAGGGAAGGUUCUGGCAGUGUCAGAAAUCUCGCCGAACGAUACGAGAGUCAGUCUCGAUCUGUCACACCCGUUCUACCCCCAUCUCCUGAGAAGCGUUGUCUAUCUCGAUCGGUUACGCCGGUCCUACCUCCAUCGCCUGAGAAGCGCCACGUAGCUAGAGUUGCGUCCCGUAGUCAACUUGGCUUGGCGUCGCCAGUUCGAUCGGAUUCGAAGUCGCCAGCAAGAGAGAUAGACUUCGCUGCCACCGUGGCCGCCAGUUUGCAAGAGUCUGGUUUCGACCCUGGAUAUGUCAUCAACGACAAGUCAUUCCAUCGCUCGAACUCUAUCUCAGGAGCUCGCGAUAUCACACCAGAUGACGACAUUACCGCCGCAAAAGAGAGAGCCAGUAGAUCUCGGCUCGGAAGCUUAAGCCGUUCUUCAUCGGUCUCUGGCUCUCCAAAACUGCGGCCGACGCAGCCUACUGGGCCCGAUGUCUUACCACCUAUCGAAGUGGCAAUGGCACCUACGGACACCGUAUCGUUCGAUCCCCUAGACGUGCUCAAUGACCCUGCUUUUGCAGCGCGAAAGUCACCCCCCGGUGUUCUUGAGGAGGCUGAUCCUGAUGAGUUGGCUGGGUCUUCAAGUCUCAGAAGAACCAAGGGCAAGAAGAGACGUCAUCCCCUACCAGAGACACCAGUAGAUGUCGGUAAGAUAAGCACAAAGGACACUGGGGUCGCACAGACCAAACAAGGCAAGAAGUCAACGAAGGACAUGGAACAAGCUCCACGUCAGCAAGACGGUGUUGAGUAUGCAGCUGCAGAGACUCCGGCGAUUGAGGCUCUUCCAAAUGUGCCUCUUGCUGUUGAGACUCCAGUUGACUCCACGGUCCGCGAGGUUGAGCCUGCCCGGUCCAUGCCUCACGCGUCGACCACUACUGCUGUCCUUCCGGACGUACCAGCACAAGCAACAAACGUAUCAGCCACACCUACUGAACUCGACGAGGUACACUCAAGUAGGCGAGAUAAGAGGGCAAAAUCAAAAAAAACAGUCACAGAAGAGCAACCUGCAGGCAAGGAGGACAGCCCAGUCUUACCUGUGACAUUCGAUCAGGAGCCCCGCUCACUGACCGCUGAAGAGCCGAGGGAGUACCCAUUUCCCCAAGUGGUGUCACAGGAAAUCUUGAAGCAGUCGAAGGAGGAAACACACAAGCAGGAGUUGGAGAAAGAGAGGGAUAUGAACUCGUGGGCACCAUCGCCAAAACAGAAGGGCAAAAAGAGCAGGAAUGUUCAAGAAAAGGUUGAUGAGGAGUCUACGACCAGGAUGAGAGACGCACUACCAGCUGAGGCACGAACUGCCGAUCGUGAAGUUCACAAACGCAGAACACAUCCUGUAUCUUUUGACGACGAGCGACCCGACGAAAAGCGCCUACACACAUUGAAGUCCACUCGAGAGCCUCAAUUUGCCAGUGAGAGGUCGGCAUCGCCGUCGCGCUUUGUCGUGCCAGAGCUCGCACAUCUUGAAAAGCACUCCGAUGAGCGUAUGCCUAGUACAGGCGACGCUCAAUCGUCGACCCGUGUUGUAGGACCAGCUCAUGAGCCAUCGUGGUCCUUUGCCGGAGUUCAAGACAGGGUCGACCAAGCCACCACCAAGGCUCAGCCGGAGCAGCCUAUCGAAACAGUACCACGUAAACUGAGGCGUUCGAAGGAACCGAAAACUCCUCUAAGCGCACCAAAACGUUCGAUCGCAACUGAUCAUGAUACGGACAGCGCUGCUUUGCCAACGCACCCAAUGACUCUAGGCACGCCCACCACAAGCGACGAGUACGCCACGAAGGAGCGAUCCUCCCAUCUUUUCGAUUCUUCGCCAUCUACGCGCGCAUAUGGCACUUCACCAGCAGCAGCACCGCAAACGCCUGCUCAUGAUACCCACAUGGUCGUUGAAACUCCGUUAAAAGAUGUUAGCGGAUCGUCGCGGGCAGGCAAGAAACCGCGCGUCGAGUCGCACCACGGCCGGGCAUCGCCUACUAAGGAACUCACACAAAAGGAGCCAUACCAGUCCUUGUUUGGAGAUCCGAAUGAGAAGAAGAGCGAGACCCUUUCAUCGAAUAUCGCAAAGCCUGAACGGACUAGCACUCCAGGCGCAAAGCAGCUUGAAUCUAUCACAGAAGUCAGUCCAGAUGACACCACCACAAAAAAGAAGUCACGGUCAGCAGCCGAUGUGGGUGUGUCUGGUCGAGGACUGAAGUCAGCUCGUCGCACUGAGAGUCUCAGGCAACUUUCUGAUCGUCUAAGAUCACCUCCGCCUAGCACACCAACACCUACAGGUCGCCGGAGUGUGCAAUCCACAGUCGAGAAUGUAGGCGGAAGAGACUCGCCAUGGCAACAGGUCAACGAAAGCAUCGAUCGAACCAUGGCCCUCAGUCCCGCGCGCCGUAUGCCACGAUCAUCCCCAAGCGCAGACCCAUUGAAGCAGCACAUUGCUGAGCAGCGGUCACCUAGUGUCCAAAGUCAACGCUCUCUGAGCAAUAUCGCAAGAUUGAGGUCUCCCGACCAAGAGCGGCCUAUGAGCUCUUUGAGUAACCAUUCGGAGCGUUCGUUGCGAAGAGUAGACCGGCAAACGUCAGGUGACCUGAGAUCAGCCUCGAGGCUUGGCGCGGCCAGUGCGCAAGACGCUAAGAGCGUGCAACCUAAUCUCUCAAGCACGGCGCUCGCGGCAGGAGCAGCAGCCAUCGCAGGUAUCGCCGCCCCACCGGUUUACGACCCAGUCCGGGGUACAGGUAGAGGUCGCCGGACCAGUAUGGCUGAAACCUUUGAAGCAUGGGGUGAAGCCCAAAGGUCCCCUAGCUCGCCCUCACGACCACCAAGCGUGCGCAAACGUCAAAGCAUGCAAAUCAUGGAUCUGCAGACCCAACUCGACCAAUUAGCCGCGCAGAAUCAAGCUGUCGAGGAUGCUAAGGCCAAGGCUGAAGAGGCCUUACAGGCUGCACAAAGUCAGCGACAGAUUGACGAGCAGCUUGUAGCCGAGGAAGUAGAAGCACGUGACCGCCAGAUUCACCAAAGGGAUAUUGACAUUGCGCAACUCAAGGAUACACUUCAGCGACUACAAGAAGAGAUUGCACGCCUGAAUCAACUCAACAAUGCGCUGACAGAUGCCAAUCGCAACCUGACUAACGAUGCGAAUGAACGGUAUGGGCAACUUCAGUCCGAGGGACAAAUGGUGCAUGAGCAAUGGCAAUCAUCACAGCGGGAGCUGGAAAGCCUUCGCAGUCAAUACAGUCAGCUUCAGUCAGAAGGCCAAGCCAUGCAACAACAAUGGCAAACAUCGCAACGAGAUUUGGAAGAACUUCGCCGCCAGCAUACCCAGAUGCAGCGAGGUUUGGCAGAUGCCGUUCGUGACGAAGUUGGCGAAGCACUGGAUGAACGCAACGCCGAAAUCGACCGCUUAACUGCAGAACUCGCAACCGCGCGCGAACAGAUCAAGAACCUCCAGAAGCAGAUCCUAGCUUCCAAGAAGCCAAGCGAAAGCUUCCUCACUGUCCGCGAUGAGGACUACUUUGACAGCGCCUGCCAACAACUUUGUCAACAUGUCCAGCAAUGGGUACUUCGAUUCUCCAAGUUCUCGGAUACUCGUGCGUGUCGCCUUUCGUCCGAGAUCGCAGCCGAUACUCGACUGGACGCAUCAACGCGCCAAAAGAUUGACACUAGGCUAGACAAUGCCAUUCUUGAUGGCUCAGAUGUCGACGCACUUCUGGCGGACCGCGUCAGGCGUCGAGAUGUCUUCAUGUCAGUGGUCAUGACUAUGAUUUGGGAGUACGUCUUUACUAGGUACCUUUUCGGUAUGGACAGAGAACAGCGCCAGAAACUCAAGGCGUUGGAGAAGACGUUGUCGGAAGUUGGCCCACCUCGCGCUGUGGCACAAUGGCGAGCUAUCACACUUACCCUUCUUGCGAGGAGAGAGCCUUUCAUGCAGCAGCGCGCCCAGGACACAGAAGCUGUGGUACAUGAAAUCUACAGCACGCUUUCGACACUGCUUCCGCCACCAUCGCAUCUGCAGAAGCAGAUUCAGGAAUCACUGCGCAACGUCAUGCGCUUGGCAGUCGAACUAUCAAUCGAAAUGCGGACCCAACGCGCGGAAUACAUCAUGCUGCCGCCGCUACAGCCUGAGUACGAUACCAAGGGCGAUCUUGUGGCCAAGGUCACAUUCAACGCCUCUCUCAUGAAUGAACGGUCAGGCGAAACAACGUCCAAUGACGAGCUCGAAGCCCGUGGUGCAGUAGUCAAGGUAGUACUAUUCCCACUAGUUGUCAAGAAGGGCGACGAUUUCGGCGAGGGCGAGGACGAGAUUGUGGGAGCCGACGCGCGACAUGUGAAGUGUAUCUGUCUGCUAGUCGCAGUUUACACGCGCUACCGCCACUACUACUCCAGGCACCAAACAACCUUUGUUGUUGUCGCCAUGCCGAUUCGAAGCGACUGGACCCUUGCGCGCGAAGGCGUGACGGGCGAUACCAUCAGUCGCAUCAUCAGAUACACGGCCUUCAAUCCCGCCCUUACGCUUCCCCUUGUCCUCCUCGCGCGCUACACACAGCAAGGCAACCUCCUCGCUCAAGACCAUGCCUCAGUGUUCAAGGGCUUGAAGACACUGCUUGGCCUGGGUGCGCUCAGUACCGUCAACGCGUGGCUCAACAGCGGAGUGACCAACAACUGGACCAAAGACGAAUAUGUGUGGAGUCGCGAGGUUGUCGUUGUGACGGGAGGCAGUGACGGUAUUGGCAAGGUCGUAGUACAGCUGCUGGCCGAGAAGGGAAUCAAGGUUGCAGUCCUCGACGUUCAGGACUUGACGUAUGAAGCACCGCCGUCUGUCCGCUUCUUCAAAUGCGACCUCAGCUCCCCCGACGCCAUCGCCGACGCCGCUUCGUCUAUCCGCUCCACACUGGGAAACCCCACGGUUCUCAUCAACAAUGCAGGUGUCGCACGCGGCAAGACCAUCCUCGAGUCGACCGAAAAGGACAUCAACCUGACCUUCAAGGUCAACACUUUCAGCCACUACUACCUCGCCCAGCAGUUCCUUCCUAGCAUGAUUGCCAACAGCCACGGCAUGAUCGUCACCGUCGCCUCUGUCGCGGGCUACCUCGCUGCCCCCUCCAUGGUCGACUACGCCGCGUCCAAGGCCGCUGCACUAUCCUUCCACGAAGGUCUCUCCGCCGAACUCACUGCUCGCUACAACGCACCCAAGAUAAGGACGGUACUCAUGGCCCAAAACUAUACACGCACCGCUCUCUUCGAAGGCUUCGAUUCAAGGGGCGUUUUGUAUCCCGAGACAGUUGCCGAAAGUAUUGUCAAGGCCGUUUUGAGUGGCAAGAGUCAGCAUAUUGUUCUGCCCGAGACUGCCUGGUUCAUGCUGCCAAGGAUAAGGGGCUGGCCAUUGUGGAUGCAGUAUGGCCUUAGGAAGAGGCUGGGUAGACUUAUGAAGGGUUGGAAAGGCAGGCAGGUUGCUCAGCCUAGUUUGGCAGGAGGAGAGAACGAGAAGAGGGUCGAGGAUAGUACUGUGCUUGUCGAUGCUGAGUAG